AAACACUCUCCCCGCCUAUGGCUGGAUGGUGACAAGGAGGUGGUCCAUGGAUGUCCUCCCGCGCUGGCCUAUCGUGAACUUCGACGUAGACUGGGAUUGGUACUUACGGCUAAUGGAGAUGCGAGGCCGGAGCAUCGUCACGCCCCAGGUUCCAAGGACGAGGCACGACGGGAACGGAGGCGUCCACGUCGGGGGAUUCGAACAGGCGACCUACAUGGACAGGAGGGCUUUCAAUACGGAUCCGAACGCCGUUGUUGACAUCUCGUAUUUAACCCGUGAUGCAUAUGAGGCAUUUCUGGAGAGGGAAUUCGCUGCCGCCACGGUGCUAGUCAUCGACGAGCACCCUUGCCGGAAGGAAUACGUUCCCAAAUACAAGGUUGGGAGUUUCGUGAUCUACUACUUUGCAGAAGCAGAGAAGGACAAGCAUAAGGCCUAUUUCACACUUGCUUGGUGUUUCGGCGGGUAUGAACGAGGCAAGAUGGAGCAUCACCACAUGAUGCAUUCCCUUGGUUACUAUGGCAACAACAUUUACCUCAUCGCUUGUCCCGGGUCUUUGUACUGCAAACUGUCCAAAGAAGAAUAUAACAGAUUAGUAUAUUUCGGGAACCAGCAAGACACACUUAUCACCAAGGAUUAUCUAUCGCCAGUCCUGGACAACAGGACGCGCAUGACCCUGCACUUCCGGCAGACGCCUGAGAACGCUCUGGACGAAUUCCUCCUUGAAAACUACAUCAGUUAUAUUCCGAAUUACAGGAUGGUACAGAUUGGCGAAGACGGGGACGAGCCUAAUCAGUGAGGCCAAACAACGCUCUAUCUUGCUUUUAGAAUCGAAGGGUCUGUUGGAUAUGGUGGUUACUUUUGGGGAAGAGAUGUGCUGGAAAGAAGGAAAUAAAGAUUAAAAAUUCUUGACAACGCCAAUGACUUCAUCUUCUUCACAUAAAUUUCAUUACUUCUCAAGCUAU